AACAGGGUAAACAUCCACAGAGAGAUCAAUCCAUCCGGAAUCCAUAUACGGAAGUACAACUUUGCACAUCGCCAUCUUGGAUAAUCACCCCAACACCUCCGUCAGAUCAGUGCUCAGAACGCACUAGAAAACUAGAAAACUACUUGACACGGCACAUCAAAGCACCAUGGCAUCAGCAUUCGAGCCCUCGUUGUCAACCAGCCGACCACCGAUUGGGGGUCCGUCGCUCGCGGACACCCUUCCCAACAUCAACUUCGGCUUCGACGAAUUGCGCGACCGCAUGGCUAAGUUCACGGCCAGGUUUGAUGCAUUCAUCGAGCAAGGGAGGAAGCGCGUACUGGAGGAAAGGAACCAGUUUCACAUGAACGUGGCCGAAUUGCAGGAGGACCAGCGCAUGAAGAAGAAGGACAUCGAGAUCCUCCAGCUGAAAACCAACACCUACCAGCAGACCAUCGCCAAAGAAGCGGCCGAGACACGAGAGAUGCAAAGCGCCAUCGCCCAGCUCACAUCCCAGCGCGACCGGCAAGCCGCGGCACGGGACGCGCUCAAGGAGCAGAUCGCUGCCACGCAGAAGGACAUCGACGCGAGGCUAGCCGCGCAGCGGGCGCACCAGGCACAGCUCGAGGCGCAGGCGCGCUUCAAUGUCCCAGAGCUAGAUUUCUGGGUGACGAACCUGUGCAUGCGCAUCGAGGGCGCCGGGGUGGAGGACCGGCUCAAGUUUGUGUACACGCAUGUGGAUGAGAAGAACUGGGAAAGAGAAGCCUGGUUCGAGCUCUGCACGGGGAGUAGGGACUACAAUGUGCGGCAUUGCAGGCCCAAGCUGGAGAGGGAGAAGGUUGAGAAAGUGUUGGAGCGGGUCAAUGAGACGAGGGAGUUAGUGACGCUGUUGAAGGGGAUGAGGGAGUUAUUUGUCGAGGCUAUGCGGUCGUGACGGGCAGGCCACGAAGGUCUUUUGUGUAAUGUGAUGAUGAUGCCAUGAUGUGAUGAGGAUUCGCUUUGGACCUGGCAAAGGCGGCAGCAUAUCGGCUUCUUGGGAAAUCGGUACUACUAGUAUAUAUGGAUGCGAUUGAAUUGAUACCCAACGAUUCAAUGUUCUGGAG